AUGACGGAAUACAAGCUGGUGGUGGUGGGCGCAGGGGGUGUGGGGAAAAGCGCUCUGACGAUCCAGCUAAUCCAGAACCACUUUGUGGAUGAGUACGACCCUACCAUUGAGGACUCAUACCGGAAGCAGGUGGUCAUCGAUGGGGAGACGUGCCUGCUGGACAUCCUGGACACGGCAGGGCAGGAGGAGUACAGUGCCAUGCGAGACCAGUACAUGCGCACGGGCGAGGGGUUUCUCUGCGUGUUUGCCAUCAACAACACCAAGUCAUUUGAGGACGUUCACCAGUACAGGGAGCAGAUCAAGCGGGUGAAGGACUCGGACGACGUGCCCAUGGUGCUGGUGGGGAACAAGUGUGACCUGCCUGCCCGCACCGUAGAGUCACGGCAGGCCCAGGACCUCGCCCGCAGCUAUGGCCUUCCCUACAUUGAGACCUCAGCCAAGACCCGCCAGGGCGUGGAGGACGCCUUCUACACGCUGGUUCGGGAGAUCCGGCAGCACAAGCUGCAGAAGCUAAAUCCCCCAGAUGAGAGUGGCGCCGGCUGCGUGAACUGCAAAUGUGUGCUGUCCUGACGCAGC